ACUGUCCAGGUCGCAAAAUCCAUUGGUUCCCAGACCCUGGAUGACGUCGUCAACCCAAUUCGAGGAAAGAGAGAGCGAGAAAGAGGGAGAGGGAGAGAAAAAGGCGUAGCAAGAUCCCAGGAAGCGAAGAGAGAGAGAGAGAGAGAGAGAAAUCCCUGCCCAAGGGGGUGGGUGAAGAGGCGAAACUUUGAGCUCUUCAGGAAGGUGGACAGGGAUUGGAUUGGACCCCAACCCAACCCAACCUUGCUCCCCAAAGUAGGGGGGGGGGGUAAGAAAGAGAUUCAAUCUCUUCCCUCCUCCUUUUCCUCUUUGUAAAAGGCAAAAAGGAGCUUGGAAAUUUUUCUACCCCCCCUCCCUCCCAGCUCCAGGAGGACUGGAUUCUCCACCUUCUUUCUCUCCCUCCCUCCUUCCCUCCACCUUGUUUUGUUGGCUUUGACCUUUCUGUUUUAACUAAUCUUUUGAAUUUCUUUUUUGUUUGGCCAAUACACGAAAGAAAAAAGCCCCCAAAACUUUUCCCUCCCCACCUACCCACUCACCCACUCUCGCCUGCCGAUUGGAUUGGAUUGGAUUGGACUGGAUUGAGGAACAUUCCCCUCCCGAAGGCUGCACUCAAGAGGAGGGAGAAGAGGCUUCCUAGGGCGGAGGAAGGCGGGUGCCACCAUGGAUGACUCUGAUGUUGAGUCAACGGCCAGCAUUCUGGCCUCUGUCAAGGAGCAGGAGGCCCAGUUCGAGAAGCUGACCCGGGCACUUGAGGACGAGAGGCGAGGCGUCUCACUGCAGCUACAGCGUGUGAAGCUGGGGUCCGAUGGGAUGGGGCCCUCCAUCGCCAACGGCAACGGGACCCUCAGCUGGCAGUGGCAGACCCAAAACGGAUUAAUAGCUGGCAAUGCUGAGAGUGACUGCUUGCUGUCAGCUGACCCUGGUGUGAACGGGCCACAGGAGCGACCCCUGCAGUACAGCGUUGCCACCAUGAUGCAGGAGCCAAGUCCGUAUAUCGAGGAGACGGUCACUGUGGAGGAGGAUCCCGACCAGGCCCCGUCCGUCGUCUCCGUGGAGAUGGACGAGGACGGCACCACGCGCAGGACCGAGACCACGGUGAAGAAAGUGAUCAAGACGGUGACCACCAGGAUGGUCCACGAGUUGCCCGGCGACCAUCUUUCCCUGGACGGCUCCUCCUCCGUCCAGGGCGGGUACACCCAGACCCUGGACAGAAAGUUCCGGAGCAACGGCGAGGGCUACCUGGUCCCCCACGGCAGCUCCACCGUGCCGCGGGGCUACUCCUACCAGGAGGCCUAUGGCCGCCCCCCCGGCCAGCGCCUGGGCUAUGGUGACCCGGCGCUGGAUGGCUACGGGAGUCUGUCGAGGGGCGCCCGGGUGGACCAGCGCUACCAGCCCGCCAUCGACGGGUACCCCCACCGGGCGCCAGGCCGGCUGGACGUCUACGGUGCCCAGCCCCAGGUGCGGGGGGGCAGCAGCUUCAACCUGAACCAGUCGCACCCCGAGCGCUUCCUCUCCGAGCCGUACGGAUUGGAGGACGACGAGCGCAGCGUGGGCUUCGACGAGCCGGACUACGGCCUCGCCCACGAUUACCCGACCGCCAAGCGUUCGGCCACCCCCUCUGAGCUCCGCACCAGGUACCUCCGUAGCAGGAGCUUCGACGACCCCCUGGCCGACGACAUGCGGUCGGAGCACGAGGGCUACUACUGGGCCCCGCUGGCGCAGCAGGAACGGGCGGGCAGCAUGGCCAGCCUCCACAGCGCCCGGAAGGACCCGACCGUCUGGCGCCAGCCCGAGCUGCCCGAGGUCAUCGCCAUGCUCAACUACAAGCUGGACGCGGUGAAGGCCAACGCAGCCGCCUACCUGCAGCACCUGUGCUACCGCAACGACAAGCUGAAGACCGAGGUCCGCCGCCUCAAGGGCAUCCCGGUGCUGGUCGAGCUGCUCGACCACCCCAAGAAGGAGGUCCACCACGGGGCCUGCGGGGCCCUCAAGAACAUCUCCUACGGCCGUGACCCCGACAACAAGAAGGCCAUCAAGAACUGUGACGGUGUCCCCUCGCUGGUCCGGCUCCUCCGCAAGGCCCGGGACAUGGACCUCAACGAGGUCAUCACCGGCACACUGUGGAACCUCUCCUCCCACGAUGCGGUGAAGAUGGAGAUAGUGGAGCACGCGGUCCUGGCUUUGUGUGACGAGGUCAUCAUCCCUCACUCCGGCUGGGAGCAGGAGCCAAACGAGGACUCGAAACCCCGGCACGUCGAAUGGGAGGGAGUGCUGACCAAUACGGCCGGAUGCCUCAGGAAUGUCAGUUCGGAGAAGAAGGAAGCUCGGCAGAAGCUCCGGGAAUGCGGUGGAUUGGUCGAUUCCCUGAUGCACAUCGUCCAAUCGGAAAUAAACCAGAAGGACGUGGACAGCAAGCUGGUAGAGAACUGUGUGUGUCUGCUCCGCAACCUGUCCUUCCAGGUGCACAGGGAGAUCCCGGACGCGGCCCGCUUCCAGGAGGCGGCGGCGGGGGCUGGGGGUCCGGCGGGGGCCUCCCAGCCCAAGGCCAGCUGUUUCGGUGGCAAGAAGGGCAAAGGAAGAAAAGGCACUGAUGACCCCAGUGCUGCCGACGCAGAGAUGCCCAAGAGGAACACCCAGGCCAAAGGCUCCGAGCUGCUGUACCAGCCCGAGGUGGUCCGCGUCUACCUCUCGCUGAUGAAGGAGUCCAAGAACCCUGCGGUGCUCGAGGCAGUGGCUGGAGCCCUGCAGAACCUGUGUGCCGGUCGCUGGACGUAUGGCCGCUACAUUCGGACAGCCGUGCGGCAGGAGAAAGGCCUGUCCAACAUCGCUGAGCGCCUCACGCACGACAACGACCGGGUGGUCAAGGCUGUGUCCGGGGCACUGCGUAACCUGUCACUCGAUGCCCGGAACAAGGAGCUGAUAGGCAAGCACGCGAUGCCCAAUCUAAUCUUCAAUUUGCCAGGGGGCCAGGAAUCUUCCCGGAGCCGGAGUGAGGACACCGUGGUGUCGAUUGUCCAGACCAUAAACGAGGUUGUCAUCGAUAAUGUGGAGGCAGCGAAGAAGCUGAGGGAGUUGCAGGGUGUGGAGAAACUUGUACUGAUGAACAAGUCUAGUAGCCGCUCUGAGAAGGAGGUCAAAGCCGUGGGGACCGUCCUCCAGACCUUGUGGGGCUACAAGGAGCUCCGGAAACAGCUGGAGAAAGAUGGUUGGAAGAAAACAGAUUUUCAGGCGGUGAGUGUGAAUCGAGGAACUUCUGGCAACACAUAUGAUGACAGCACCUUACCACUGAUCGAGCGACACCAACUGGGAGGAGACAAGAGGGAGAUGAUUCCGAUGGACGACCUUGGACCAGACACUUAUUCCACGCUGGAUCACCGGGACCACAAUCGCACACUGGACCGGACUCUUGACCGAUCAGGGGACUAUUCUGAGCGGGAGCCACUGAAGGGGGAGCAAUAUCGAAUCAAUACUAACACAGGCAGCCACGGGCCCCUCCAGAACUACCCGGAUUAAACCACUAACACGCCACCUAAAGCAUGUGCCUGAAUAACUAGACCAUCUCUCAACUGACUAACUGGUGAAGAUGCCACUGCCUAUUCUGAUAUAUUUUUUACACACCUGUGUGUGUGUGUCUGUGUGUGUGUGUGUAUAUAUAUAUUAUAUAUAUAUACUUAUGUAAAGUAUAUAUAUAUAAAUAUAUAUAUGGACACUGGUAGAGUUUGUGGGCACCGUAAGCAAGCUGAUUCUCCUGUGUAGACAUCUCAGAAAGCCCAUUGAAUGGCAGCCUCUCUUUGUACUUAAGAAUUAUGUCUUUUUUAAUAAUAUAUAUAUGGGACAAUUAGGGUUGAUGGGAGUGAGAGAGAGAGACCGAGAGAGGAGGGGAGGGGACUGUGGUGUGGGGUGUGCUGUGAAACAGCAGAUCCUUCGCCACGUUUGCUCUGUGCCUUCAACCCCUCGCUUCCCGCUGAAAUGCCUCCCCUUACCCCCGACCCUCUGGCCAGCUGCUCGCCUCACCUCGUCCCCCCUCAGUCGGAAUGGGAGAGCGGGAGGUUUCGCUGGGGAGGGAGAGCAGCGUAAACAUUCCUGAGAGUGACUCCUUGGUCCCCUUGUCUCUUCGAGACCCUUUGUGAGGUGGUGGUGGGGGGGGGGGGGCGGUGUGUGUGUGUGUGUGUGUAUAACACCAAUGAGUUAUCCACACCACCGCUUCCCAACCCCCUCACCGUUUCUCCCCACCCCCCCCCAUCUCCUCCUCCCUCCUGCCACAUCCUCUCCAUACGCCCCUCUUUUGCAAGGGUGUUUCAAUUACUCCCCUACCCCCCACCCCACCGGAGGAGAGAUGUUUUGUGGCGGACUGGAGUCCCCGAGCGGGCUGAGAUCCAUCGUUUGGCCCAGUGGGUGGUGGUCAUCUCCGUGAUGCUGGUGGUGCUGUGCUCUGGGAUUCUAACCGGUCGCUGCUUUUGGCCUUUGCCGGGGUUUGAACUUUGCGGGUUCGGUGUGGGGUUGGGGGGGGGGGGUCUUGCUUCUUCCGGUGUCAGUCUCACCUUCCGCUUCCCCCUCCUGAUUUCCCUGGCUCGGCUUCUCCCUCGGAGGAGAGGGAGGAGUUGCGGGGUGGACCAAUCGUGUAUCCGGAGUGUGUCUCUCUCUCUCUCUCUCUCUCUCUUUAAGGACCCCACCACCUCUCCCGUGCCACACGGAGACCCUGCACGCUCCGGACGAGGGAGUUGAGCAGGCGCGGACAUAACCUGCACCUCCCUCCCACCUCCUCCCUCCCUCACUGGUCUCUCAGGUGAGGAGAUUUGAGGGGGGAGGGUGGAA